AUGGCAAAGAAAGCGCUUUUGAUCGGGAUCAACUACCCUGGAACCGCCGUAGAGUUACGCGGCUGUGUCAACGACGUCCGUCGGAUGCAUAGAUGCCUAAUCGACCGUUUCGGAUUCUCCGACAAAGACAUAACAGUACUGAUCGACAUAGACAAGUACCGUACCCAACCCACCGGCAAGAACAUCAGAGAUGCUCUAGAGACACUCAUCGAUAAGGCGGAACCUGGUGAUAUCCUUGUCUUUCAUUACAGUGGACAUGGCACGAGAAUCCCAACACCGGAAGGAAUAUUCGACGCCACAAACUUUGACGAGUGCAUCACUCCUUCCGACAUGAAUCUUAUAACGGACAAUGAUUUUAGAGACAUGUUGUCAAAGGUCAAGGAAGGAUGUAAAUUGACGAUAAUCUCAGACUCUUGUCAUAGCGGUGGACUCAUCGAGAACGUAAAGGAACAGAUCGGGGAUAGUCACGUGAACAAGCUGAAACCGGCGGAGAACACUAAUUUCUUUGUUAGGAUUUUUAAAAAUUUGCUGGCGGUUUGUGGAAGGUCAAGCUCUCAGGGAGACCGUGGAGGACCCCGCGGAAGCUUUAACAGAGAGAUCGAAUCAGAGGAAGGUGAGACAGUCACAAGAUAUCUUCCACUCGAUAGCUACAUAAGUCUUCUAGAGGAAGAAACCGGAGAAACCGGUAUCAAAUAUGGGAAAAUCAGACAAACACUUGUGAGGCGAUUCGGAGACAACGCAAGCCCGAGAGUUCUCUCUGAUUCAAUGAAAAGGAAUGGGCACAGAGGAGUGUUUAGCAUGAUCCUAGGGAAGCAGAGCGAGGUUAAUACAGGCGGUGCAGAAACUGGAUCCUCGAGUUCGAUUCCGGAGAAUGGGAUCUUGUUGAGUGGGUGUCAAACAGACCAAAGAUCAGAGGAUGUUUACGUGACAAGAACUCGUAAAGCUUAUGGAGCAUUCAGUGACGCGAUCCAGACGGUUUUGUCGCAGACGAGAAAGGGUAAGAAGAUCACCAACAGAGAUAUGGUUGUGAAAGCUAGAGAGAUUCUCAGGAAACAGAACUUUAGUCAACGGCCAGGGAAAAUGUCGCAUCCGGCCAAUUACGUUGGUGGAGCACGGCCAUUGUAA